AUGCAGCCUCAAAGUGUAGCUAGAUCUUCAGCACUAAUGGCUUCAUCUCCAGAGUUUUGUCCUCCAUUUAGAACAGUUGCCUCAUCAAGCUUUCUCUCAGCAAGCAUCAGAACACUUCAUGAUGCUGCUCAAAGAAGAGAAACACCCAUACAGGCCCCACCAUCCAAAACUCGGGAUAAAAUCUCAUUCAUUUUUAAUACUUUAUCCAUUGCAAAUACUGAAGCUAAAGUAGAAGAGUUUACCGAGAUUAUGGAGGAACAGUAUUAUCCCUGGUUUGCACAAUAUCUUGUUAUGAAAAGAGCAAGCAAAGAAGAAAAUUUUCACAAGUUGUUUAUGAAUUUUCUCGAGAAAGUUAAUUCAAAACAGCUUACGGAAGAAGUCGUUAGAGAAAGCUAUGAGAACUGCAAGGCUUAUGAAAAGGGAUUAAUGAUUGGGAUAAUUCCAUUUACCUCCAAGGUUUUGGAACCUUGCAAAGGGAGUCUAGCAUAUCAACCACCGAAUCCUUGGACUAUGGGGAUUCUUGGAUUACUUGCUGAAAUACAUGCAAUGCCAAACCUCAAAGCAAAUCUCAAGUUUUCAAUAGAAAUAUUGUUCAAGAAUCUUGAAUUGGACAUGAAGGCAGUUACUCCAACAUCUCUUCUGAAGGACAGGCAAAAUACUGUAACAUCUGCUGUAAAUCAAAGUGAACAACCACUUGAAGCUGCUGUUCCAUCUUAUCAGGAUGGGGAUUCACAUAUAUUAUACCAGCAUGCUGCUCCAGUUCAUUUCCCUGCUGUUCCUUUGGUUGAAGAUAUGAAUAUGCUUUUCCAAAGGUUGCUUCCAGUGGUAAUGGAUAAGGCUGUUAAAGAAAUACUUUCUACUAUUGUUAAGAAGAGUGUUACCAUAGCAACUCAAACAACAAUGGCACUUGUUUUAAAGGAGUAUGACAACAGUUCUGAUGAGAACUAUAUCCAUAGUACAUCAUCCUCCAUCAUUGUUUGCCUGGCUGGAAAUCUGUCUUAUGUUACUAGCAAGGAACCUCUUCGUAAGAAGAUGUCAAGUCAGCUAAGAAACUCUCUACAGGGUUUAAAUAUUGCAAGUGAAUCCCUUGAACAUGCCAUGCAACGUGUUAUUGAUGACAACCUUGAGUUGGGCUGUGCAUCAAUUGAAAAAGCUGCAAUUGAGACGGGGCUAGUAAUAGUAAAAAAUGAAAUUGCUCAGCAACUUUCAGUUAGAAGGAAGCAAAGAGAAAGUUCUAGAACUACAACAAGUGAUCCAAACCUAUCUGCACAAAGUUUAGGUGUUUUUCCAGAAGUCUUUCAUCCUCAAGCUGCCCAAUUUGUAUCCCUUCAUCAACAGCAAGUUCGUAUGGUUCCAGCUCCUCAAUCACAUGUAUCAGGGACUUAUAAUGUUGCUAAUGAAAUGGGAGCCCAACAACAGACGAUUCUUCCACCUUCAAGUUCCAAGCACUUUGUAAGCAAACCUUCAUUAACUACUGGUGCUGCAUUGGAUGAAUACCAUGUUCUUGCAAAGAAGCUUGAAUUUUUGAUUGGUAAAGAUGCUAAACAAGCUGAAAUUCAGUCUGUUAUUUGUGAGGUUCCUGUGGUUGUUCUUAGAUGCAUCAACAAGGAUGAGGCUGCCUUGGCUCUGGCUCAAACGGUUUUCGAGAGUUUAUAUGAAAAUGCAGCCAACUAUGUACAUGUCAAUGCUGAACUUGACAUCUUAGCUGGUGUGUGUGAUGUUAGCAAGCUUGUGAGGAGGGAACUCACUAGUUGGGUAGUGCAUUCUGAUGAUGAGAGGAGAUUCAACAAAGAUAUUACAGUUGGCCUAAUUCGCAGGGAAUUACUGAACCUCACUGAGUAUGAUGCUUGCAUGGCCAAACUUAUUGAUGGAGGAAAGAGUGGGGCGACAAUAGAGUUUUUCAUCUCCCUUGUUGAAACACUGAAGCUCAGUGAUGCAGGAGUAUUGUCUUCACUUCACAAUGUCGUUCACACUUUAUCCAAGGUGACUAAGCAUCCUGUGGCCAGCAAGGAUGAUGACGGGGCAUUUAUAUCUUCUGAACCAGAUCCUCCUAGUUUCCAUUGGCAGGUUUCCAUGACAUUUAAUGAGUGGUGUCGGAUACGUGAUCGCCAUGGUGUCAAUGAUGCAGCUCGUGCUCAUUUUGUUCAUCAAAAUGUAUUGUCAAGAGCUGAUGAUAUGCCAAACCGCUUUUUCCGCCGCCUUAUGGAGCUUGGUGUGUCACACUAUCUAUCUUCUCAAGGGACCAAUGAAGAAGCAAAUCUAUCAUCUUUCCUUGUCAUUGAUAUCUCCGCAGACCUUGUCUUUUCAAUCUUGAGGUUUCUCCCUGUUGACCAGGGAUCAAGCAAGCUCUCUCUUUUCUCGAAGGUGUUAGCGGUGAUUGUGAGAUUUGUUAAAAAGGAUGCAGAGGAAAAGAAAGAAACAUUUAUUUCUACACCAUAUUUCAGGCUAUUCAUCAACUUUUUCAAUCACCUUCAUACCCUCGACUCUACCAUCAAUGAUGCAAAUUUUCAGAUUUUGGCUGCUCUAUCAAAUUCAUUUCAUGCCUUGCAGCCACUCAAAGUUCCUGCAUUCAGCUUUACAUGGGUUGAGCUAAUCAGUCACAAAGAUUUCAUGCCAAAACUCUUUGCUACCAAUGGUCAAAAAGGAUGGCCAUACUUCAAACGCCUACUGGUAGACUUGUUGCAGUUCAUGGAGCCCUGCUUGAGGACAGGGGAACUUACAGAUCCGGUCCGUAUACUAUACAAAGGCGCACUGAGGGUGCUUUUGGUGGUGGUUCAUGAUUUCCCGGACUUUGUUUGCUAUUAUUAUUUCAGUUUCUGUGAAGCUAUUGCUUCACGCUGUGUCCAACUUAAAAACAUUAUUCUUAGCACGUUUCCAGCUAACAUGAGUCUUCCAGACCCAAACACUCCCAAUUUGAAGGUGGAUCUGCUAGCUGAGAUAAGUCAACCACCUUGCAUUGACCCAGAGUUUGCUGCUGCUUUGAAAGCCAACAAUAUGAAAAACGACGUUGAUGAGUAUUUUAUGACAAGGCCAGAAACGUCUUCAUUUCUUUAUGGAUUAAAGUACAGACUACUUCUUUCAUCAAGAGAAGCUGAAAGGUCUGGAACAUACUACAAUGUUCCUCUAAUAAACUCACUUGUACUUUACGUUGGAACAAAGGCCAUCCAACAGCUGCAAGUGAGCACCGCUUCUAAUGCAACCUCCAUAACUAGGUUUGUCUCAAAGACUGGCUACUUUGCGGGUGCGGCUUUGGACAUCUUCCGGACAUUAAUACGCGACCUAAAUUGGGAAGGCCGCUACCUCUUCUUCAAUGCGGUUGCAGACCAAUUGCGUUAUCCCAACAACCACACACAUUUCUUUUCCUUCAUUUUGCUUCACUUCUUUGUUGAGAUAAAAGAGGAGGCGAUUCAGGAACAGAUAACGAGAGUGUUAUUGGAGAGAUUGAUAACUAAACUCCCACACCCAUGGGGGGUUCAGGUUACCUUCAUUGAACUUGUAAAGAAUCCUAGGUACAAAUUUUGGAAUCUGAAUUUUACAAGGAGUGAUCCUGAGAUCAAAAGAGUCUUUGACUCUGUUUCAACAAGUUUUGGUGUCCAUGUACAAGACGUUAAUGCUGUUUCUGGAGUGCUCUAA